CUCUCCAGGCUCAUAACAAUCAGUUUUUUGAUAGUAGAAAAAAAUAUUCAUCUUUCAUUUCACUUGUUUUAAAAAUUAAUUUGAAAUAAUAUUAGAUUAAUAUUCUAUAAUAAACAGUUUUGAUAUUUAGUUUUUAACUGGUUGUUAUAAUUACGUACAUACAUUAUUAAGAUAUUAUGGAGCAAAUACCAUUUACUUGGUUAUUUAUUGCAGCAGGUGCUAUUUGGCUUAUCAGAAUGUAUAUGCAAGGAGGGAAAUAUCGGAAGAGUACAACUGCGAUGGGGAAAGUGGUUAUUAUUACAGGUGCAAACACUGGCAUUGGAAAAGAGACUGCCCGUGAACUUGCUAAGCGAGGAGCUACCAUCUAUAUGGCUUGUCGUGACAUGGCAAAAUGUGAAAAAGCACGACAAGAACUUAUCAAAGACACUUGUAACAAAAAUAUUUUCGGCAUGAAACUUGAUUUGGCGUCCCUGAAGUCAAUUAAAGAUUUUGCUGAUAAUUACAAGAAAAUCGAGUCCAGAUUGGAUAUUUUGAUAAAUAACGCUGGCAUUAUGUCCUGUCCGCGAAUGGUUACUGAAGACGGUUUCGAAAUGCAGAUUGGUGUUAACCACUUAGGACAUUUCUAUUUAACUAAUUUGCUUCUUGAUCUACUAAAGAAAUCUGCACCCAGUCGUAUAGUGGUUCUCUCAAGCUUAGCGCAUAGAAUGGGGCCCUUUAAAAAGAAUGAUUUUCUUAGUGAACGUUCAUACAACUCUACACUAGUUUACACACAUAGUAAAAUUGCUAAUAUUUUGUUUGCACAUGAAUUAGCUAAGCGAUUGCAGGGGACAAAAGUGACUGUUAAUUCAUUACAUCCCGGUGCAGUGGAGUCUGAAUUAAUGCGUCACAGUACUAUUAUUAAUAAUCCAGUCUUUCGGCCUAUUGCAACUGUUUUGAAAUGGCCAUUUUUCAAAACAACUCCAAAUGGCGCGCAAACCACGCUCUACGCAGCUUUGGAUCCAGACUUGGAGUUAGUUAGCGGAGCUUAUUUUACCGAUUGUAAGCCGAAUAAAACCGCGGCAGUUGCUCGAGACAACGAAUUGGCUAAAUGGCUGUGGGACGAAAGUGAGCGUCUAAUCAAUUUGAAAUUGAUACAGUUGGGUCUGGAAGAAAUGUAGAAUGUAUUUGUAAAAAUUGGGAGCAUAUCUACUUGACUGCAACGUUUUGAACGAUUGCUGUUAUGAUUUGCAAAACGGUAUUUAUAUGAAGCUACAUAUGUGCAUAUAUAUAACCAAAAAUAAAAAUAAUAAAUAUAUACAAUAUAUAUAUGUAUAUGAGAUUAGCCUUUAA